AUGUCCAACUUUGGCCAAGGCUUCCAGAACAACUCGUUUGAUCCCUCCCUCCUCUACGGACUCCCCAAUGCGGGCGGUAACGGAGUCAACCUGGGCAACUUGGGCAACCUGGGAAACGUUGGCAACGUCGGCGAUGCAUCCCAACAGGUCCAAGGCUUCAACCUCAACAAUGUCAACCUCGGCGGCGUGUCUGGCGUCGGAAACGUCGGUACUGCCGCCGCCGGAGGGACACUCCCACCAGGGUGGCUCAACUCGUUCAACAACCUGCAGUCCCAGGCCGCCAACCAACUCAACCAGCAACAACGACCGCCCAACAACGCCCAGAACCCACAGCUUGCGGGCAUGUCUCUGAUGGCUAGCUCUGGGCAGCCCAAUGAUGGCCAGCGCCAGCUGGAGAUCUUGCGUUCUAUGCAAGCUGUCCGCGCCAACAACGCCGCUGCGGCCACGGGCGGCAACAACAUGUCACAGCAAAACUCCAAUGCAAUGGCCCAGCAGCUGCAGCAAGCCCGUGCUCAACUCCAGCGCCAGGCCGCCAUGCAGCAGGCUCAGCAACAGCAGCAGCAGCAGCAGCAGGGAAUGGGCCAGCAGCAGCAGCAACAGGUCGGCCAGCCCCAGGAGGGUGUCAACCAGCCCAACUAUGCGGCCAUGGCCAUCAAGGCUUCCGAGGCCAUCAUGAACACAAAGGAUAUCGUGUCAUUACCUCCGCAGACCGUCAACAACUACAUGUCCCUGCUUGGCAAGCACCCCGAGGCCCCCGAAGUGCAGGCAGCAAUGCAGCGGUUGCAAGCGGCUCAGAAUGCCAACAAGAAUGCCGCCGCGGGUGGUAUCAACUUCUCCAACGCCUCCUCGUUGAUGGGCAACAACAACGCCGCCAACCUUCAACAGCGCCAACAACAGCAGCAGCAGCAACAGCAACUGCAACAGCAGACUGGCAUGCAGCAGGGCAACCUGCAACAGAACCAGCUUGCCGCUGCCCAACGCGAGCAACUGGCCAAGCGUCUCCAGCAGGCCCAGGCCCAAGGCGGACCGCUCAGCGCCCAGGCUCAGCAGCUGAUGGCAAUGACUGCCCAGCAGCGCGCUCAAGGCCAGCAGCCGCGUCUUCCCUCCGGCACCCCCAACCUGCAGCAGCUCAACAUGUUCCAGCAGAACCCUAUGCUCGCCAGCAACCAGACAGUCCAGCAGACCCUCCUGCAACAACUCCAUCAGUCUCAGCAAGCCCAGCAGCAGCAGCAGCAGCAACAGCAACAACAGCAAAACGUGGCUGCCCAGCAGGCGACCCAGAACCAGGCCAGGCAGCAGGUCACUCCCACCCAGACCCCGGCCCAGCCCCAACAGACGACACCCCAACUUGCCUCAGCUCCCCAGCCACAGAUGACCCAGCAAAACGUCGCAACCACUCAGUGGCAGGGCCAGACGAUCCCGCUCCAACCAACACCGAUUCGCAACCCUGGUUCUCUGCCGACCGAGGACGAGUGGCUGCGCUUUUUGCGCAACGUCAACAAUGACCAGAACUUUCAGUACCCGGUCAUCUUGGGCAAGCAGGUCAACCUCUUCAAGCUAUUCGCCUACGUGUAUGCGUGCGGUGGCUACCGCGUCUUUGACCAGCAGCCCGUGGACAAGUUUUGGGGUGUGGCUGCCGGCACUGUUGGCUUGAACACUGGCAGCGCCGAGAUCAACGGCAAGGCGGUAUCAGAAAUCUACCAUCGUCUCCUCAUCAAGAUUGAGGACAUUUGGACUGCUAGCCAGCGCGGGAACGGAACCGCCAAUGCCAACAAUGGUAACCAGCAGCAGCAACAGCAGCAGCAGCAGCAAAAUGCCCAGCAGACCGCCCAGAACACCCAGCAGCAGCAACAGAACACGCUUCAGCAGGGUGGUAUGCCACAGCAGACCCAACAGACCCCCCAGCAACAGCAGGCUGCUAGCAUGGCCCAGCGUCUCAGCCAGUUUACGCCCCACCAGCAGCAACAGCUUAGCGGCCUUAUGGCUCAGCACCAGGCCGCCCAGCAGGCCCAGGCGCAACAGGCUCAACAGCAGCAGCAGCAGCAGCAGCAACAGGGCACUCCGCAGCUCCAGCAACAGCAAACUCAACAGCAGCAGCAAGGCCAACAACAGCCCGGCCAGCAGACCCCUCAGCAGACGACGCAGCAACUCCAGCAGCAGCAGCUCGGACAAGGUCAACCCGGCCAGGCGCAGAUGCGCCCCGCCAUGCCCAACGUACUCUCGGCCGACUUUAUGAACCAGCUCGCCAACAACCCCAACCUCGUCAUGACCGAGGAGCAGCGGAGGAUGAUCCAGAGCGUCCAAAUGCAGCGCAUGAUGGCGCAGCAAGCUCAACAGGCUCAACAGGCUCAACAAGCGCAGCAACAAAACAACCAGCAGGCUCAGCAGGCGGCGCUCGCGGCUCAACAACAGCAGCCCCAACAGCAGCAACAGCAACCUCAGCAGCAAGCGCAGCCUCAACAGGCUCAAUCGCAGCAGGUUCAGCCCCAGCAGCAACGCGUGCCGACGCAACCCCAAGGCCAGCCUCAACAGCAAGGUCAGCAACAGCAGGCUCAACAGCUUCAGCCUGGUGGUCAGCAGCAGCCCCCUCAGCAAGGCCAGGCUCCUACCCAACAGCCGGGCCAGAUGAACGCCACCCAGGCGCGCUUGGCCGAAAUGGUUGCGCACAUUCGCCAGCGCGAGUCUGAACUCGAGGCCAACUUUAUGGCUUCGCGCAGGACGCUUCCCGAGAUUCCCGCCGAGCAGCAGGCCGACUAUCAAAAUGUGCUCGAGGUGCUUGCCAAGCUCGUGACUGAGGCCAAGACCAAGAGUCCGCUGUUUAACAUUUUGGCCAACAACGACGAGGACAAGAUGAAGUUCCAGACGCUCCUGCAGCUGUCGUCCAUUUCGUCGGCGAUCAUCAACAAGGCUCGCGCCGGUACCCCGAUCCUCAGUUUGAAGGAGACGGACGGUAUCCGCAUGAAGCUUCAGGAUGUCCUGCGCGGCGCCGUCCAGCACCUCCAGGCUGCCAUGAACGACCAGCGUAUGCGUCCGCGCAUGCAGCUCCUCACCACGGAAAUGUCCAGGGCCAACGCCGCUGCGUCUACAAUUGUUUCUGCUCAUGCCGCGCAACAGCAGGCUCAGCAGAACAACAACAACAACCAGCAGCAGCAGCAGCAGCAGCAGCAACAGGCUGCCCUGCAACAUGCCCAACAGCAGGCUCAGCAGGCCCAGCAGUUGGCUCAGCAGCAGGCGGCUCAACAGGCCCAGCAGGCCCAACAGGCUCAGCAGCAGCAGCAGGCUGGGCCCCAGACUGGCACGCCUCAGCUCUCUGGUACACCGAUGCAGCACGCGGCCAUGCUGAGCCCCGAGAUGGUCAACAACCUCAUCAAGCGCCCGCUCAAGCAGGAGGACCUGAAACCUCCCCCUCCCCCUCGCUCGCGCGGCAAGGUCAAGGUCGAGCCGUCACCCAAGCCUAUCAAGGAAGAAACCCCGCGCACCCCGGCGACUACUGCUGGUACCCCCGCUGGUGAGAUGACGACGCCAAACUCGACAGCUGCCAAGCGGCCGCAAAAGCGCAAGGCGUCGACUGCCACUCCCAAGACUACGAAAAAGGCCAAGGGAGACGACAAGAACGAGGCCAGCCCCGCGACUGGAGCCACUCCUGGAGCGAUGCAGGCGCCAACCCCGACGGCCGGAGCCGACACUGCGCCCGCGUCUGGUCCAUCGGCGGCGUCUACUCCUGCAGCCGCGGGAUUCACCGGCAACGCGCUCAGUGUGUCUCGCGCCACGCACGCCGACUACUUUGCCCAGCAGCAAAAGGCUGCCGAGGCCGAGCGCGAGCAGACCGCACAGUUCUUUGCCGCCCGCAACGCCACGGCCAACUUUGACGGUGACCUGUCGGCGGCAUUCAACCUCUGGACCGAGGCACAGGCUGCACCCGCGAUGCCUAUGGGCCCCGGCGGCCCUGGAGGACUGGGUGAGGCCGCUGCGACCCUUGGCAUUUCAUCGGCAGCCGACGACGCCCUGGCAGACCAGUCAUGGCACGACUUUAUCAACGAGCAGAAUUUUGAUCCGGACGAACCGACACCACUGUUAACAAGAUGUCGGUCUCUUGAUACGGAUCCCGAGUGCAGCCCCCGCGAUGCCGACCUGAUCGGUCGCUCCCCCCUGGUGUCGAUGCACCACAUUGGUGGUAUGGGUAUGCCCCAGCAAAUGAUGGACAAGUACGCUGCCGCUGCCGCCGCCGCGUCCGGUGGCGCUGCGGCACGACGCGUGCCCCUCAUGAGCCCUUCCGCACAGCCGUACAAUGGCAUGCUGUUUGCCGACCACGACGAUGGGGUCGGAUUGGAAGCGUUCAUGUAG